ACUGUGUUUAAUCCAGCCUUUAUUUUCCACCCACGAAGAAGAAGAAUUCUCCACUUUGAGAUGUUCUCACUUGAUUUUUAGCUGAACGUGGCCCUUGUUAUGGUUUUUAUCUAGUUUUCCCACUCCCAAAUGGACGACGAACCCGUUGAGUUUCGAGGACGACUCCUUGUUUCGCGAGCAAUGCCGCGUUGAGGACAGUUUGCCGUGAUGUCCGAGCGCCAGGGACAGGUGGGAGACUUGAGCAAGCAGAGCAUAGAACAGCUCCAAGAACUCCUACUGCGACAGAACAACAUACUCGCUGACAGGAGAUUAACAGAGUCUCUUCCGGAUAAGGGGAAGAGAUUAAAGGACUUUGCGGAGAGGAUACGCCUCGCAAUCGAAUGUCGUCACGAGGAGGAGAGGAAGCAGGCUUUGCUAUCAGCAGCCAGGGCAGAGUUUCAGUCCAAGUACCGGCAAGCCUUCACCGGGCAGCGACGCGCCGUGCAAAGCGAGGCAGCUGCGUCGCAACGGACUCCAGCCUCGCCUUCCUCCGUUCAUGCGGAGCGGGAGGAAGAAGACGUCGCUGAAAGCAUGGAGACGGUUUCCUCUGGGGCCUCUCCGAACUCUGUCGGGACAAAAGAGGGCGACCUAGCAGAGGCCUUGGAAAGGGUCACGAUCUCCACGACCACUGGUGACCAAGGCCAAGACCCUCUUAAAGCCCCUGCAUCGGACAAUUACUUUCUCAGGAAGCAUACGCCACAGAAGCCUCACGUCGUAACCGUCUUGGAAAGGAACGAGAACACAAUGACGCCCGGGAGGGAAAAAUUCAAACCAAACCAGCUGCCGAGCAGAAACGGCAACUCUCCAUCUGGGUCCUCAUCCCCCGGCCGGUCGUCCGAAGGCCCGUCUCCGCUCUCCGCGCAGGCCCGCAGGGAGCGCGACAAAAAGCACCUGGACGACAUCACGGCAGCCAAGCUGCCUCCUCUGCAUCACGCCCCAGCCCAGCUUCUGUCCCUGCAGGAGUCCGCUGAGCUCCUCACAGCGCAGACUAAGAAACAACAGGAGUUGCAGGCCAAGAUGGCAGCACAGAAGCUGUCCGAGGGACUGAAGAUGUCAAUGGGGAGCUACAAUCCUGACGGUGGCCCCGUGGCGGCCUACAGAGAGGUUCAUGAUGAAGGAGCGCAGCCCUCCUCAGAGGAAGACUGAUGGCGGACAGUCAAGAUGAGAAGGACGUUGUGCCCGAUGUGAACAGUCGAAUUACACAAAUUUGCGUAAAAGGGGUGCGAACUUUAAAAUAACAUUUCUAUCUUUCCAGCGAUUUGGCAUCCAAAAGUUCAGGCACAACAAUUCAGGAUGUGAUCUAAACAUUACAUUUGCUGGAUUUCUCUCUGGAUGGUGUCGAAGUGUACUCACAUUUUCUUUUUACAAAGCUCCACCACAAAAGUGUGAAACGCAACAAAAUAUUAACACAAACGGCGUUCCUUGGGUCAUAUUUCUUUUUUUUUUGUACACAAGCGAUAAUGAAUUUAGGAAUAAUGUUUAAUAUUGUGACCUUAAAAUCCGCUGCGCACCGAGCGACUGGACUUUCAAGUUGUUGUACGAGGUUCUGCAGUGAGUUUUGCUGUGAUUUCAGAAUUUGAAUUCCAGGCGAGCGGUGUCAUAUUGUCACAAAUGAUUAAUAACUUCCAAACUGUAUCAUAUGAGCUUCCACUUCAAAAAUAUACGUUUGUGGGUGUGAAGUGACAUUCAGCCCCAAGCUUUGAUUUUUGCA